GCUCUAGGAAUACUCCGAUUAAGUAAACGUAUCGAUACUGGCACAUGAGAUGUGAGUGACUUAACAGUGCGUUGUUCAAUAAAUAAUAAUUAUUAUUUUAAUGUUAUCGCCGGCUUAAUAUAUCUUAAAUAUUGAUAACGUGACUGGACUGAGCUUCAGUAAAUUAAUUGGGCGACCAAUAUGUAUAGAGGACCCCAAAGUGCUUAUUGUUUUUGUGCCUCGCUAUAGAGUAGGCAUGUUUAUCAUUUGCGUAUAACGUAGGUACAAUAUAAGUCGUUGAUAAUAAGUGUCCGAAUUUCAUUUCAUUCUGCAGUUUAAAAAGAGGAGCCACAAACACAGUGAAAUGACAGAUCCAAGCGAUGACACGGCGGGUGCAAUCAUUGAAGUACAAGAUGGAAUCGUUCACCUAACUAAGAUAAACGAAUAUGUUCCAGGAGAGGUGAAGAAGAAAAAAUCAAGAAGUGCUUUUUCAAGAUUCUGUUUGCCAUUUGCGCGAUGCUGUGAAUCUAGAAAAACCGAUGUUAGUAUUGUAAACCACCUUGACCACAAACAAGAAACGUUGGAAGCUUAUGUCAUGAAAAGUGUGUCUGUGGACCAGUUGGAAAGUUGGUUGGAGAAAAAAGUUGAGACUUAUCGGAAGAAGACUAGAGAGACCCAUGAUGCAAGUAUAAUAACUCAGGGUGAAUCUUCGACAGAGUUUUUUCAAAAUCUGGAAAAGCAAUUACAACAACAAAAUAUUGAUGAACACUCCACUGUACUCAUAUUUGCUCGCUAUAUUCAAAGGGCAGUGGCCACAGAUGCAUUCAGAAUUUUCAAAAUAGUGUCCGACGACUCUGAUUCUUCAGUGAAUUGUUUUGUAAUGGAUUCAUUAAAUCUUCUAACAGGUGGAAAGUUUGUUAACACAGAUGAUGAUAUAGUUGCAUUGGUACGGAAUGUGGCAAAUACACAAAAGAGCAUACGCCUUUCAAAAAAUACAGAUUUAGCAUUUCCUAAAAUACCCACAAAUUCACUCAGGGAAUUUGGUCUUGAAAAUGAAGACGCAAAUUAUUUACUUUAUCAACCUUUAUUAAACAGUGGGAACACAAUCUACGUGAUUGAAAUGUGGCGCAUCAGAGAGGCAUACGAUGAUAAAGAUGUACAAAUAUGUGCUAAUAUUGUAGCUGCUCUUCAUUACAUCAAAUUAUUUUCAAUGAAACAGAAGGAAAGCAAUAUGUCAGAUCUGUUACUAAAUGUUGUACAGGCGAUAUUUAGGAAGAUGGUAUCUCUUGAUGAAUUAAUUAAAAAUAUAUUAAAAUCUGCACAACUUCUUGUUAACGCGGAAAGAGCGUCUUUAUUCCUUAUAGAUAAUGAUAAUUCUGAACUCGUAUCGACUGUAUUUGACUUGAAAUUUGAUCACGGACAAGAAAGAAAUCUUACACAACCAAUCAGAAUGUCCAUUAAUCAAGGAAUAGCUGGACAUGUAGCAUUAACUGGGGAAACGUUGAAUAUUACCGAUGCCUACGCCGAUAAAAGAUUCAACAGUGAGGUGGAUAAGGCAACUAAGUAUAAGACAAAAAGUAUAUUGUGUAUGCCUAUCAAAGUUCGAGAGAAAAUUAUAGGCGUUGUUGAAAUGGUAAAUAAAAUAAAUAACUUCGAUUUUAAUCGCGAGGAUGAGGUUGCAUUUGAAAAGUUUUCGAUAUUUUUUGGACUAGCUCUGUACAACGCUAAACUAUAUGACAAAAUUAAAAGAAAUGAACAAAGAUUCAAAGUGGCGUUAGAGAUGUUAUGCUACCAUAACACUUGUAAAGACCAAGAAGUAAAAGAAGUACAAGAAACCCAGAAUGAUAAUUGGACAACUUUUAAUGAUUUUUACUUGGAUCCUUAUGAAUUUGAUCAUUUACAAAAAUGUAAAGCUGUAAUAACAAUGUUCGAUGACCUUUUUGGGCUAUCGUCUUUUGAUAGUAUGACUGUCACAAAAUUUAUAUUGACGGUAAAAAAGAAUUAUAGAACGGUACCCUAUCACAAUUUUGAUCAUGGAUGGUCUGUAGCACACGCUAUGUACGUUAUUUUGAAAAAUGAUCAUGAGCAGCGCUUUAACUAUAAUAUGAAACUAGCGCUAUUUGUGGCAUGUCUUUGUCACGACUUGGACCAUCGAGGCUACAAUAACAAAUACCUGAAAGAUACUAAAUCACCAUUGGCAGCUAUGUAUACAUCUUCAGCUCUAGAACAUCAUCAUUUCAGUAUAACAGUGACAAUUCUACAACAGGACGGUCUAAACAUCUUCUCCAAAUUAUCAAGUAACGAUUAUAAAGAAAUUUUGCAAUACAUGAAACAGUGCAUACUAGCGACAGAUCUUAGCGCUUUUCCGAAUAAUUUAUCUAAACUAAAUAAGAUAGUUAAUCAAAAUUCAGAAAAUCAAAGUUUCAAUUGGGACAUUCCUAGUAACAGAUCUUUGGUUAUGGAUUUGUCAAUGACAGCUGCCGACCUGUCUGCAUCUGCAAAACCUUGGGAUAUACAAAAUAAAACUGUUAAAGUAAUAUUUGAGGAGUUUUAUGGUCAAGGUGACAAAGAACGCGAAGCCGGCCAGACUCCUAUGCCCAUGAUGGAUAGAAACAAACCAAAACAGCAAUGUGUUAGCCAGGUGGAGUUUUUUGAUCACAUAUGCAUACCGUGUUUUAGUAUGCUGUAUAAAAUCUUCCCUAACACUAAGCCAAUGUAUGAUAUGGCUUUGAAAAAUUUCGACAGAUGGCAAUCAAUGUGCCGAUGAGUAUGAAGCACGAAAAGAAGACGUACUUUUAAAUUUUGUCGUAGUAUGCUAAGUUAUAUCUAAAAAAAUAUACAGAUAGAAAAAUAAACAAUCGCAGAUAUUUGUACUAUUGAAAUCUGUAAUAUAGCUGUCUUCAAUAAUCCAUCAGUCAAUUAAGUUAUGUCAUAACUUAAGAACUUACGGAAAAUUGGACGUAACUAAAGACAAUUUAUCGAACAUAACUAAUAUAGUCGACAAGUCAAGAAAAGGUUGUAUGACAGUAAAUAUUUGAUUGAAACAACAUCUACAUAUGACUAUACUAUGCAAUAAAAUUUUAGUUUUAAUAUAGCUAAAAUCUUUCAAAAAUUUUAAUGUUGUAUAUGCGUCGAUAAAACAAUCAGCAACAGGGUACUUGACUUAUAUAAAAUUUAAUAUAAGCAAUAUUAAUUUCGUAUAGCACUUACAUGGAUUAAGGGUCCGCAAUAUAUCGAUAUUAAUUAAUAUAAGUUAAGGAUUUCUUGAAAAACUUAAUAUAAAAAAAUUUCCAAAAGUUAAAAUCGCUGUCGUCCAUUUUGUGACGUUACAAUGUUUCUUGAUAUCAUAUUAGAGAAAUAAACGUCAAAUUAAGGCAUAUCCAAUUGUUUGCUUCUCUCAGUCUGGACCUAUACAUUUAGUAUUUAAGGCUUUACGUGACGUCAUUACACAGAUAAAAUAUAGACCAUUAUGACCGUUUUGGCGCGAAGAACAAUAAGAUUUUUUUUUAAUUACUACGGGAUAUCAUGAGUAAUCAUGUCUCCAGUUGCCAGACCCUUUAGCUUUGUGGCAACUCUUAACUUUA